UCAGCGACAGUGAUAAAUACGCCGACCUCUUGGUUUUUGGCUAUGCCUGCAAACUCUUCCGAGACGACGAAAGGGCUCUUUACCACGAUCAUGGAAAACAUCUUAUCCCAUGGAUGGGGGACAAGAGCAUCAUGAUUGAUAGGUCGGUUGAACAAACUCAGACCAAAACGUUAUGCUAACCAUCUGUCCUAUCGUUAGCCUUUUUCAAAAUUCAAGGGACUGCUCGGAGUUUGUAUAGCAGAAGCUCGGGAAAACAUGUAACUGACGACGAAAUGUUUUAUUUCUUGCUUGCUUACUUGUCUCUGGAUGUCUCAAGAGUGCCAACAAAUAUCUGGAGUUUUGAGAAUAACAUGCUAACUUGCAAAUGCCUUUCAGUUUUGGCUAAUGUUAGCCACAGCAGGCCUAUGGAUAAACACUUGGCACACACUGCUGCCAGUGAGUAAAAUUGACUUGUAGGUUAAAUUCUUGCUAGUUUAAUGCAAAAGAUAUUGAUAAAACAGGAAGGGAGAUGGACAAUAUUACACAUUAAUACAUCACUAUUCUAUAACUGUUUGGAACAAGGUCAGUAUUUUAGCAUCAGCGAAGGUAGGGCUUGUCAGCUUUUUGGUAAGGCCUUAGAAUAAAAUGUACACUCUGAAUUGGCAUUAGCAAAACAGAAAAACAUUUCAGAACAUCCAACCACUCUGGUUAGUUUAGAAGUAGGCGUUGCAUUUUAGCAUGUUUGGGAGAAUUUUCUCUGGAGACUCAUUUUCACAGCUGAAUAAUGUAGCGUGUCCCUCUCAAACUAAGUUUGACCUCAAAACUUAAGUGAUCAAGUUGCUCAGUGACAAAUAAUCUUUUAAUGUUUUGCUGAUAUUCAUGAGGCCAGAGCAAAUUCUAUCCCUGACUAAAGUCCCUGUAGUCAAGGUGAUUCAAAAUAUCCCAGUAUUAAUGAGAAACCCUUAUGUGCAUAAAAAACAUGUUAAAGAGCUGACAGUCUCUCUUCAACAUGUUUCUGCAGGUGAUAAUCUCAUGUUUCUAGAAAUUAAUGCAUAUGCAUUUACCUAAUUGAAUCACUUUGGUCUGCAUUGGCCCAACUCAUGUUUAAUUUGUACACAAUUUGUGUGUGUCUUUAUCACAUAACCCCGUCUUUCCCCAGCAAGUUAGGCUUAGGGGUCCUUCCAAACCCCGAAUGCCAACCACAGCACCCCAUUACUUUGUCUCCAUGAAGAAACUGCAACAGAGAGAUGACGUAGAGGGACGAACCCUGGAAAAUGUCGUCCAUUUGGGUUCUUACGGAUAGAUACGAUGGGCGUGGUCACUUACAUGACCUGUCAGAGUAUGACAGCGGGUCAUGGAAUACAUCCUACCAGCUUUCGGAGGAAGAAGCCAGGAUUGAGGCCCUGUGUGAUGAGGAGAGGUACCUGGCUCUGCACACUGACCUGCUGGAAGAGGAAGCUAGACAAGAGGAAGAGUACAAGCGUCUGAGUGAGGCUCUGGCUGAUGAAGGUACUUACAAUGCAGUGGCCUUCAAGUACAGCGCUGACUACUAUGACCCCUCACAGCCCACAGAGGAAGAGGAGGCUAACAAGGAGACUGAGGAAGCAGAGCCGGAGGAUAGUGAAGAGCCAUUCGUUGCUCCCGUAGGACUUGAUAUCCCUCCAGAUGUGGAACUGCCUGCAACCAUCAAGACUCACAACAUCAUCGAGAGGACAGCCAACUUUGUAUGCCAGCAAGGGGCUCAGUUUGAGAUAGUGCUGAAAGCAAAGCAGGCUGGUAACUCCCAGUUUGACUUUCUUCGCUUUGACCAUUACCUGAACCCUUAUUACAAGCACAUCCUGCGAGCGAUGAAGGAAGGUCGAUACAACCUUGUGUCUUCUGGCAAACAAGAACAGUCACAGGAAUCUAAUACUGAUGAUUCAGAUGACGAUAAUGGAGAUGGCAACUACCUCCACCCAAGCCUUUUUGCCCCAAAAAAGAGUUCUCGUCUGGAGGAGCUGACAAAGCCUUUAAAGGUUAUGGACCCAGAUCAUCCGCUUGCAGCACUUGUGCGAAAAGCCCAACAGGAAAGAAAUGGCACCACAGCAGCGGUGGUCACUCAAGAGGAACCUGCACCCACUCCAACUACUCAGUACUCUGCUGACCCUGUUUACUACGGGUACUACAUGCUUCCUGAUGGAUCGUUUUGCUUAGCCCCGCCUCCCCCAGGUGUAGAUGCCACCUCAUACUAUAACACUAUGACUUCAACUGUCAUGACGACCUCUGCUACUUCUGAGGCUUUGCCCCACAUUGCGACUACAUCCACCCCGGCUGAAACUGUCACAGUGGCAUCACCAGCUACAGUCCCGCCCCAGGUUUCCGCCUCUGCUGCUCCCGUAAAUGUGCCAGAGAGCAGUUCAAAAGCUGAAGCUCCAGUUUCCACACCAGCAGCACCAGCCAUCAUCCCCCCACCGCCUGACAUCCAGCCAGUCAUAGACAAGCUGGCUGAGUACGUCGCAAGGAACGGUGUGAAGUUUGAGGCCAGUGUCCGUGCCAAGAAUGAUCCCCGGUUUGAAUUUCUGCAGUCUUGGCAUCAGUACAACACCUAUUACGAAUUUAAGAAGAAUUACUUUAUGCAAAAAGAAGUAAAAGGCUUGCCAGAGAGUGAUGCAGCAGGUGAAUGUGAUAAACUUCAGACGGACAAGUCAACCAAUGAGUCCAAGCUGACAAAAGUGUCUUUUGCCCCCAUCUGUUUUGCCAUCAAGCCAAAGGAAAACGACAUGCUGCCUUUGGAGAAGAACAGAGUUCGACUGGACGACGACUCAGAUGAGGACAAGUUGUUGGAGGGGGAGGGGCUGGAAGCUGUGAUUGGUGGAGCUGAAAUGAUCGAGCCUCCACCAGCCGCUUUGCCCGAAGAGAAGAGACCCACCCUGAGUUUGGAGGAGUUGGAAGCAAAACAAGCCAAGCAAAAACUGGAGGAUCGUCUAGCAGCUGCAGCCAGGGAGAAGCUGGCGCAGGCAUCUAAGGAGUCCAAGGAGAAACAGCUACAGGCAGAAAGGAAGAGGAAAGCAGCACUCUUCCUACAGACCCUCCGUAGCCCAGUUGCUGGGGAGCCUGAGGCCAAGAGAACUGAGCUCGAUUCAAGUGUACAACUUGAGCUGCAAGAAGCCUACUCUGUUCUCUGCAAUCCUACACCUCCUCAAGGAUACCAUGCACCACCUGUUUAUCCUCAGGAUCAAAGACGCUGGGUGGAAAACCAUGAAGCCACCCGCAGCAGGGAAGCCCCUUCCUGCUCAUCAUCCUCGUCCUCGUAUGCUGCAUCCAAAGGCUCGGAUAGAGAUAGAGACAGAGAUCGUGUUAGAGACAGAGACAGAGACAAACAGAGGGACAGAGAUCGCAACAAAGGAAGGGAAAAAGACAAAAAGAAGAAAAAACACAAGAGGAGGUCACGGUCAAGAUCAAGAUCGAAAUCAAAGGGUGGACAUGCCCUUCCAAGUGCCUACAGAAGAAACCGCAAGUCCCGAUCCCGUUCACACUCCCCAGGGAGGAGGGACAGGAGGGGCCCCUCUUCAGACAGGAGACGUGAGGAGAGAGAUCACUAUCAUCCCAGCAGCAGCUCCAGCUUGCCCAGGGGGCGUUCAAGAUCCAGGUCUCCUCCUGAACAAAGAAAGAGCUCAUUGUCAUCAGGAUGGUUGCAAACAGCUGGUUCCUCCGUCUCCCCGUAUACUUCACCCAGAGUUUUAUCCCCAUCAACCAGCCCUGCGUCCAGCCUUGGCAACUCAAGGGGUGGUUCUCAGGAGAAAGACAAGGCAGUGUCUUCAUCCAUAGUGUCCUCUGUGCAGUCCAAAAUAACUCAGGACCUGAUGGCCAAAGUGCGAGCCAUGCUCGCCUCCUCCAAGACCUUCCAGCCUCCCAGUUCCUGAAGAGGGGAUGGCUUUCUCGGGUCCACGACAACCUUUGCCUGUCGAAGACCGCCUCUCUUCAGUCUCUAAUGUCCUGGAGAUUUAACUGGCCCCCAUCUGUUUCAGCUGUUGCGUUUAUCCAUAAUUUAUGAACGUUAUCUGACCAUGGGCACACUCAGUUUGGCCAUAUUAUGUCUUCUGCAGUGUUGUAAGAGUGAAGUAUGCUGGAGCUGGAGCAGGGGUGUAGUGUUUGGUUUCGGCCCCAAUCUGAGCAAACCGCUCAUUAGCUGGUCCAAGUUGAUUGUUUUGGUGCAUUAAAAAUUAAAUGUGGACAAAAUAAAUUUUAGUUAGCAUCCUGUCUUAAGAUGAACUUCUAAAUGAUGUCAGUCAUUUAUGCAGCAUUAACUACAGCUGUUGUCUGUGUUAUCUCCUUCUAUGAAGGUUUAUGUUUUACAGCUAGAGAACAGCUAUUGUUCUCUUCUGCUGGUUUCCUCCUUAUUUCCUUGCACAGCUCUCUUUCCUCUCCAGCACUUCACCCUUUUACUGGAGGAGCGGUUUUAUUUUUUUACUCUGUCCCUCAGCUGUAGUGUGUGGCCUUCAAUUUCUGUUCCUGGUUUCUACUGUAAUGAAUUUAAUGAAGAACAACUUUGUAAUCUGAACUGUCAAUAAAGUUUCAGUUAUGAUGA